UGCCACCGUCUUCACAUGGUUUGCCGGUGUAGACGCCGUCACGUCCUCCGGGACCAUCGUGGGGGCGCAGGUGAGCGGUUCUUGUUGUUUACUUACUUCCUUGCAGUGGCCACCGGCCUCUACUUCAGUGUCUUUCCUGACCCUCCGCCGUCUGCCACCCUUGCCUCCCAUCAUAAUGGGGUAAUGCUCCCCCACGCUAUUGUCCCAUCAUUUGUCAGCAAUGGUGGGGUAAUGAUGCUGCAGUUAUAGUAUUAAGAAAGAAGGACUGCCAUGACCGACAACAAGGCCCUCAUCUACAAAUCCGUCCCCCACGGGUAUCCCGUGCCGGGCAAGGACCUGACGAUCGAGGAGCGGCCGUUUGACGCCGCCGCGCCGCCGCCGCCCAAGGGCAUCACCGUGCAACUGAUGUAUUCGAGCUUCGACCCGUACCUGCGCCAGAAGAUGCGCGACCCGCGCGUCGCCUCGUACAGCGACGCGUUCGAGCUGGACGCGCCCGUCGUCAGCGGCAGCAUCGCGCGCGUGCUCAAGUCGGACAACGCCCGCUUCCAGCCCGGCGACAUCGUCAUGGAGCGGCUCCCCCUGCAGCGCUUCCUGGCCCUACGCGAGGACCAACUGCAGAAAGUAAAGCUCCUCGACGACCCGUUCGGCGUCGGGGACGUGCGGCUCUUCCUCGGCGCCCUGGGCAUGCCCGGCCUCACGGCAUACUCGUCCCUGUACGACAUCGGCAAGCCGAAACGGGGGGAGACGAUCUUCGUGUCGGCGGCGAGCGGCGCCGUGGGCCAGUUCGUCGGCCAGCUGGCUAAACUCGAGGGUCUGCGUGUGAUUGGCAGUGUCGGCUCGGACGAGAAACUAGAGUAUAUCUUGAAUGAGCUAGGGUUUGACGCAGGAUUCAACUACAAGAAGGAGACUCCCGCGGCGGCGCUGGCCCGGCUCGCUCCCCAGGGGCUAGACAUCUACUUUGAGAACGUGGGCGGGGCACACCUCGAAGCCGCCCUCGACCGGAUGAACCAGUUCGGCCGACUGAUCUUCUCGGGCAUGGUCUCGCAGUAUAACAUCACCGAACCGUCGUAUCCGAUCCGUAACUUGGGCCAGGUGGUGGGGAAACGGCUUACCAUCCGGGGGUUUAUCGUCGGGGACGACAACAUGGGGCCUCUGUAUGCAAAGGAACACCAGGAGCGCGUUGCCCCCAUGAUCAAGGACGGCCGGUUCAAGGUCCUCAUGCACGAGACGGAUGGUAUCGAGAAUGCGGCGGAGGGGUUGGUGGGGAUAUUCUACGGCAAGAACAUGGGCAAGGCCGUUCUCAAGUGGUAGUACCAUGGUUCAUUGAGUAUUUCCAAUGUUUC